AAAAAGGACACCCCUCAAAGUGGACUCUUCCAAACUCCCCUGCCUCUAUUCGCGAGUUGGACUGAUCCAAAGUUGCGGUGAAGUUAUGCAAAACAGUUAUCAGCGAGUGAGGCUGCAAAGAUGCGCUGUAGAUAGUUAAUUACAGUUAAUUUAGUUAGGAAUGUCAUGAUUAACGGACUUUGUGGAUUGUGUGUGCGUGCAACUGAUUGUAAGUAGGCUAUUUUCUGCAUAUUAGUGAUUAUUAUAUGGUUAAGAGAUAAAUAAGAGUGCUAUCGCGGCAUUACAUUCGAAUGCAUAAUAAUAUUUGGUUUGCAUAUUACUGUAUAAUGUCACUUAAAUAUCUUGUUUUAAAUCAUAUAUAAUCAUGUUGUUUAUCAAGAAAGUAAUUAAGGCUGCUCUUAUGUUAUAUCGUUAUAUAUGAUACCAUUACAAUGUGUCUUGGAACAUGCCCGGGCUUGUCAGUCUGCGCUGUUAACGUGCAAUAUAUCGCGGGAAGUACUAUUAAAUAGCUAAUGAAUAAUGUUGUAUUCAUGUACCUUAGUUUAUAUUUGUUUCUUUUAUGUGACAUUUAAUAUUCUUAUAAGAUUUAAAUACUGUUUAUAGAUCUGUGAAUGUAUACUUAUGCUUAUUUAUAUUUGUAUCUUGUUUAUGUUUACAGAACCACACAUACAUGCCAUUAAGAAUAAAUAAUCAAUAAGUACAGACUGGUGUGAGACCUAAUGUUCUAACCGGACAUCCUGCAGCUGUUCAAUAAAUCCGAAUCAGAAAAGAAAUAGUGUACAGCAAUUUUACAUGGUCCUUCGAGCCGGAUGAGUGAUCUGCUGCAGUUAUGUCUCACCCAGAAAGAGAACCCCCUGCUGUGCGACCAAGGAGACAAGUUAGCCUCCCACAUUACCUUGCAGACUACGAAAUCAGCAUACCUAAGCCUCAUCGACAGCAGCCACAUUCACCUAGCUACCAUGAUGUACAAGAUGAUUACCCACCAAGAGAUGAAGCGAGAGAACGCAACCUUGCAACGACAAGCUAGCCAGCUCCCUGAAAUCUUUUCGGCAGUCCAAGAGAUGCGUCAACAGAAUGUUGCACUCUUUCAAGAGAUUCAAAGCCUGAAAUCUGAGCGGAGAACCCCUCCUGAAUCAGUCAUUUCACCACAGCCAUUUCCAAGCUCUCACAUUCUAGCAGCGCACAUUCAGACACCAGAGUUAAACCAUCCUAUACCAGCCCCACGCUCAAGAAUGCCUUCUGCUGCUGCUAAAAGACAGCUGUGCCCAACUGGACCAGAUGAAAGCUCAGAGCUGACUGCACAUCUGAGAAAUAUGAAUAUUUCCUCCUCGUCACAUGAGAGACAUCCCUUUACAGCACAGUAUAGCGACUCACCACAGUUCAGGUAUCAAGACUCUCUUCCAUAUUCCCUGCCACCUCGGCUGUCUGAGUUUAUGGUCCCAUCACAGGAUCAGAGGAAAUCAGAUCACACCAAACACAGUUCAGAGCAUCCUUUACCCUCAUCUACCCCUGAGAAAACCUACAGAGGUCCAACCCCUACCAUACCCUUUCUGAUGUCUCCUGACCCUAGGGAGUUUUCAAGGCUGAGAAUUGCGUUAGACAACAUCCUACCUGAAGAUGCCACAGAACACUUUAAGUUUCAAAUUCUGACAGACCAUCUGAAACUGGAGGAGGCUCUUCUGGUGGCGGACUCGUAUAGCAAUUCGAAGUUUCCUUUCACAAAUACUAUGAGAGCUCUGAACAAAAUGUAUGGUCAACCUCACCAAUUAGCCUUGCAACGAAUCGCUGAGCUUAUGGAUGGACCUAACAUACGGAGUGGAGAUGUCGGAAGCUUCAGGAUGUUUGGGCUGCAGGUGCGUUCGCUUGUCAGCAUGGUGCAGCAGCUGGGCCACAAAGGUAGAAUAGAGCUGGAAUGUGGAUCACAUGUGUCUCGUCUACUAAGUAAACUGCCUCAUGACCUCAGAUCAAGUUUUAAGGGAUACAUCCAUCCUCUCCAAGUUGCUAUUCCCACACUGCUUGACUUUGCUGAUUGGCUGGAAUAUGAGCUUCAAGUACAGGAAGACAGUAGCCAGUAUACUUGUCAUUCAAAGCAGGAUUCUUCGGCACGCAUAAGAGAGAUGAAAAGAGAGCCUAAGCAGCCUCGUAGACCAACUACUAUUCUCCUUGGGACUGAAAAGCCAUCAUCCACGUUUACGUCCUCUGCUACGUCUAAACCAGCUUCAGUCGGCACAGAGAAGGUGAAAGCUUUUUGUCCAUACUGUGACAACAACAAGCAUUAUUUGAAUAGCUGUGAUAAUUUCAAGCUGCUCAACAAAGACAUGAAGAUUGACUGGAUAAAGACAAAGAACCGAUGCUGGCGUUGUGGUCGUGGACAUCAAGCAGCUAACUGCACUUUGAAGACCUUUUGCUCAACAUGUAACAGGAAGCACCUGUUAGUUCUGCAUGAUGUAAAUGAGCAAGUCAAGCCACCUCAGCAGAAUACAGUUAAUUCUAGUGCAGUUUUGUAUGUUGACCGCCUCACAUCCAGCAGUAAAGUGCUGCUCAAAGUGAUCAAGGUUCUGAUCAGGAAUGGUAACAGAGCGAUAGAGGCUUAUGCAGUGUUGGACGAUGGGUCAGAGCGGACCAUCAUUCUACAUGAUGCAGUGGAGCAGUUGGGACUUGUAGGAGAGCCCGAAGACCUUGUGCUUCGCACAGUGAGACAGGAUACUCAGGUCAUUCAUGGGGCGGCAGUGACCUUUACUGUGUCCCCAACUGUUAACCCCAAUAAAGCCUACAAGAUCCGUAACGCCUUUACAGCCAAAGUACUCGGCCUGGCAGAACAUACUCACCCAGUUAGCAUCCUGCAAAGGAAGUUCAAGCAUCUUGCUGAGUUACCACUAGAACAGCUGGAUAAGGUACAUCCUGUGCUUCUCAUCGGCUCUGAUUGCCCCCACCUUAUUACACCUAUACAACCAGUGAAACUGGGGCCUCCUGGUGGUCCGGCAGCAGUGAGAACACGUCUAGGAUGGACCCUGCAGGGUCCAACACAAGAGUUAAGCAGUCAUCUUUCCCCUGAACAAUGCUUCUUCACCUCAUUGAGACCCAUCAAUGACCUUUAUGCAAAUGUGGAAAGAUUGUGGCAAAUGGAUGUUCUACCCUACCAAAGUGAAAAGGUGAUCACCAGAUCACGCCAAGACAAAGAGUCCAUUCAGCUUCUUCAAGAAAACACUGUGAGGGUGAAUAUUGAUGGUGUUCAGCGAUAUGCUACUCCUCUGCUCCGUGUCAAGAACAUGCCUAACCUCUAUGCACAUAAGGAAGCUGUCUUGCCACACCUGAGGGGAACUGAGAAACGGCUAGAAAGGGACCCUAAUCUGGCUACAGCAUACCAAGAGGAAUUGAACAAGCUAGAGAAAGCUGGGUAUGUCGUCAAACUAAGUGAGGAGCAGGUGGACGGAACAAAAGAAGCUUGGUACAUCCCGCACCACAUAGUGCAACAUAAUGGGAAGUACAGGGUAGUCUUUAACUGUUCAUUUUCCUACCAGGGGCACAAUCUGAACGAGCUCUUAUUACCUGGUCCAACCCUUGGUCCGUCACUUCUGGCAGUCCUUCUACGUUUCCGGGAACACUCUGUUGCCAUCAGUAGUGACAUCCGUGGCAUGUUCCAUCAGGUACGCCUUUUGCCAAAGGAUAAACCACUGCUGAGAUAUAUCUGGAGAGAUAUGCAAAAAGAAAGGAAACCUGAUGUCUAUGAAUGGCAAGUCCUGCCUUUCGGGACAACCUGCAGUCCGUGCUGCGCCUCGUUUGCUUUACAAAAGCAUGUUAUUGACCAUAGCCAACCUGGAGAGGACACACGGAUCUCAGUGGAGAAGUCAUUUUACGUUGACAAUUGUCUUCAGAGCUUUGCUUCCCCUGACACGGCCAGGAAUCUAGUCGACAAACUCUGCAGUCUCCUGACAUCUGGUGGCUUUGAGCUACGACAGUGGGCUAGCAAUGACCCUUCAGUUAUCAGCCAUCUGCCAGCCGAUAUUCAGUCUCAGAACAGCAUCCUCUGGAUCAGUGAAGGUCAUCAAGAUGCACAGGAAUCAACUCUCGGCCUUCAUUGGACCUGCCAUUCAGACACCCUCUCCUAUAAACAACGCAAACCUGACCGUCAAGUGCCCACGAUGCGAACCAUUUACCAGAUUCUUGCUCGGCAAUAUGACCCCCUUGGCUACCUUAUACCAUUUACCACUCGAGCUAAGGUGAUAGUACAAAGGUUAUGGGACAAGAGGAGAGAUUGGGAUGAUCCACGACUGCCAGAGGACUUGCUAAAUUCUUGGAACCAUUGGGAGAGUGAAUUGGAAGACCUACAGGACAUCAAGUUGCCCCGCUGCUAUUGCAGUAAGGAACUAGACUGCCCCACUAGUAUGAGACAACUUCACAUUUUUUGUGAUGCCUCAGAGAAAGCCUAUGGCUCUGUGGCUUACUUAAGAACAGAGAACCCUCAAGGUAAAGUAGAGGUGGCCUUUGUAACAGCCAGGUCUCGCGUUGCCCCCAAGAAACAACAGAGCAUUCCACGUCUUGAACUGUGUGCAGCACUCACAGGAGCCCAGCUCGCUAAAGUCCUGAAAACAGAGCUUACGUUACCACUUCAUAGCAUUACUUUGUGGUCUGACUCCACUACAGUGCUGACCUGGCUUUUAUCAGAUUCUUGCCGCUUUAAGGUUUUUGUGGGGACCAGAGUGGCAGAGAUUCAGGAGUUGACUGAAUCUGAUACCUGGCAUUACAUUCAGUCGAGUGACAAUCCAGCAGAUGCCAUUACAAGAGGAAAGUCUCUCUCUGAACUCAUCAAAGAUAUCAGAUGGAAUCAAGGCCCAGCAUUCCUCAGACAGACAUCAGCCAGCUGGCCAGAGAUGCCACCAUUAGCCCACAUAACACAAGAUAGUGAGCUGAAAAAGCUAACCUUCUGUGGACUUGUAACUUCUGCUCUGUCACUACCAGAUCCACAUAAAUUUGGCACCUUCUCAGACUACCUAAAAGCACUCAUAGAAUCCUCGAACAAUGGCUCCCCCACAAUUGCUACUGCAGAAGAUUAUAAAGAGGCUGAGCUCACAGCCCUCCGUCAGAUCCAGGAAGAAUCAUUCCCAGAUGAGGUGUUGCACUUAAAAUCUGCUAAACCACUGCCAAGCAGUAGUCGACUGCUGUGUCUAGCCCCAGAACUGGAUAACAGCACCAAUCUCAUUCGUGUUGGUGGUCGUCUCAGACAGAUCAGUCCAUUAGCAGAGGAUAACAUCCACCCCAUUGUCAUUGAUCCACAUCACCCACUUACCAAGCUGAUUAUCAAAGACUAUGAUGAUCGUCUGCAUCACCCUGGACCAGAGAGAGUUUUUUCAGAACUCAGGAGGAAAUACUGGGUAAUAAGAGGACGAGCAGCAAUCAGACAACAUCAACGCCAAUGCACUGAAUGCCAGAAAUGGCGAGCUAAACCGCAUCCCCCCAGAAUGGCAGACCUUCCGCAAGCCAGGUUAAGAAUCCACCAGCCAGUUUUCUAUUCUACGGGGAUAGAUUGCUUUGGUCCUUAUCUCAUAAAGAUAGGACGCAGAAAUGAAAAACGUUGGGGGAUCAUUUUCAAAUGUAUGACCACCCGCGCAGUUCAUAUUGAUCUACUCACCAGUAUAGACAGUGAUUCAUUCCUUAUGGCCCUUCGUCGCUUCAUUGCUCGGCGAGGCAAGCCCUUCGAAAUCCUUUCAGAUCAAGGAACAAAUUUCAAGGGUGGAGAAAGGGAACUCAGGGAAACCUUUGCAGCUCUUCAACCAGAGCUCCAGGUUCAACUUGCAAGCCAACAGAUUAAGUUCACAUUCAAUCCACCCCACGCACCACAUUUCGGUGGAUGCUGGGAACGUGAAAUUCGAUCUCUGAAAACAGCCCUGCAAGUAACCCUCGGAGCACAGACAGUCACUGAAGAAGUGUUGCGGACUGUUCUCAUUGAAAUAGAGGGUAUACUCAAUGCCAAACCUAUUGGUUACACAUCUUCAGACAUCGCAGACCCAGAUCCAGUUACACCAAAUAUCUUGUUGAUGGGGCGGCGAGAUGCCUCACUUCCACAAGUGAUAUAUCAGGAUGCCAAACUCUUGAGCAAACGGAGGUGGAGGCAUAGUCAGGUGCUAGCUGAUCACUUUUGGAUGCAAUUUAUUCGUAACUACCUACCUAGCCUACAAACCAGACAGAAAUGGAUGUCAGAGAAGGACAAUCUACAAGUAGGUGAAACUGUUAUGAUUGUUGACCAGCAGCUACCACGUGCGCUUUGGCCUGUCGGAAAAAUUACACAGGUCUAUCCCGGAAAGGAUAAUCGUGUCAGAUCAGCUGAAAUCAAAGUGAAAGACAAAACAUACAUAAGGCCGGCAACCAAAAUCAUCAGCCUACCUCCAUUGCCAGAGUGACCUUUCAUUACUUAUCAAGGCCUUUUUCAUUGUUCAAAUUCAUAUUACGAAUUUGGGGGCGGCUGUAAAAAAGGACACCCCUCAAAGUGGACUCUUCCAAACUCCCCUGCCUCUAUUCGCGAGUUGGACUGAUCCAAAGUUGCGGUGAAGUUAUGCAAAAAAGUUAUCAGCGAGUGAGGCUGCAAAGAUGCGCUGUAGAUAGUUAAUUACAGUUAAUUUAGUUAGGAAUGUCAUGAUUAAUGGACUUUGUGGAUUGUGUGUGCGUGCAACUGAUUGUAAGUAGGCUAUUUUCUGCAUAUUAGUGAUUAUUAUAUGGUUAAGAGAUAAAUAAGAGUGCUAUCGCGGCAUUACGUUCGAAUGCAUAAUAAUAAUUCGGUUUGCAUAUUACUGUAUAAUGUCACUUAAAUAUCUUGUUUUAAAUCAUAUAUAAUCAUGUUGUUUAUCAAGAAAGUAAUUAAGGCUGCUCUUAUGUUAUAUCGUUAUAUAUGAUACCAUUACAAUGUGUCUUGGAACAUGCCCGGGCUUGUCAGUCUGCGCUGUUAACGUGCAAUAUAUCGCGGGCAGUACUAAAAUAGCCAGUGAAUAAUGUUGUAUUCAUGUACCUUAGUUUAUAUUUGUUUCUUUUAUGUGACAUUUAAUAUUCUUAUAAGAUUUAAAUACUGUUUAUAGAUCUGUGAAUGUAUACUUAUGAUUAUUUAUAUUUGUAUCUUGUUUAUGUUUACAGAACCACACAUACAUGCCAUUAAGAAUAAAUAAUCAAUAAGUACAGACUGGUGUGAGACCUAAUGUUCUAACCGGACAUCCUGCAGCUGUUCAAUAAAUCCGAAUCAGAAAAGAAAUAGUGAAUAGCAAUUUUAC